AGAUCGAAAACUGUAUAAACUGGGAUUAAAAGGAUUUUAUGUCAAAGAUGACAAUGACAGUACAGGGGAGGAACAAGCGUCCGAGGAGGAGAACCGUUGUCCCAGCGUGACGUUAAAGGUGGAUACUGAUCAUAGUGUUGACCUGGAAGAAGUUGAACUAGACUCGGAGGCCGAGCUUAUGAAGAGUAUGGGGUUGCCUCUCCAGUUUGGUGGCCAGUCAACCCGCAGGGACUUUGUGGCAACAGAAAAUUAUGGAAAGAGAAGUAACAUGAAGAUUAUGAAAAAGAAAAAGAAGAAAAAAGGGUUACAGCCAAAACAUGAGGAUAAAAGGGGGCAGGUAGCUUGUGAUGGUCAUAUCCAGGCCAUUUCUGGUGAGCUGACUGCAGCUACAGAGCAACAUGAGAAGAGCUGCAAACCUCAGGUUGUAAGUGAAGAGAACUGUGAAAGUUCAGAAAGUCUUGCAAGUGAGGCUUUACCCAGCAAACUUAAAGAAAAAUGGGAAAAGUACUGGAACGAGUAUGGAGAGGGCCUUCUUUGGCAAAGUUGGCUGGAGAAACAUCAAGAGGUCUCAUCAUCUGAGGCCACCACAGCCUCUGAGCCUUGGAAUAGUCCAGACACAAGGGAAGAGUGGGAGCAGCAUUAUAGUGAACUGUACUGGUACUACUGGGAACAGUUUCAGUACUGGACAAGUCAAGGAUGGACUAUGGAGAGCUCACAUGGGGACAACAUGGAAACUAAUGGGGUCACCCAGGAGAUGGAUCUUUUGGGGAAGGUGGACUUGGUUAGUGCAAGGGCUGAGCACAGUGAUGUGCUGAGCUUGGAGCUGUCUCCCUCUGACACCAGGAGUGAGGAAACACUCCCUUCAAGUGCUGAGCCCCACAGUGAAAUAAUCACUGGGAUUUGUAGUUUAAAUCUGAAUUUGGAGCAAGCGGAACAGAGCAGUCCUGCUCUAACAGGAGCCCACCAGGGUCCUCAAGAGCAUAGUUCAUCUGACAGUGAAAGCCAGCAGGAGCCCUGUGAUGGAGGAACCAGGAAAAAGAGUGCUUCUUCUGAAAAGAAAAGUAUUAAUCAAUCAGGUUCACAGGGGUCAUGUAGCUUAAAUUCAAUUGACAAAGAACAUUUGCUGCUUCACGACCAAGAUGAAGAUGAGGAUGAUGAGCCUCCUGAAUACAGACGUGUCAAAGUCAAGAGAAGCCAUGAACUGGAUGUGGAUGAGAACCCAGUGGAAGAUCCUGAGGAAACCUGCUCUGUUUUGGGCUUCAAGCGUGGCACGGGACAAAAGUAUGGUGGAAUUCCAGAUUUCACCCACCGAAGUGUGCAGUACUUGGAGAAAAAAGCAAAACUCCAGAAUAAAUUUUUGGAUAUGCGUAAACCAAGGAAGAGCAAAAACAUACACAUCUUCUUUACAGAGGAAUCUGAAAUGGCUUGCAAAAAAAGUAAAACUUUGAAGAAGGUAGAAGAGUUCCUAAAGCAGGUUAAUAAACCUGGGGAGGAAGCCACAUCCCAGACAGCCUCCCCUCAGGGUGAAGCUGAGCCUUUGUCUUCCGACUUGGAGGAUCAGGAGAGCAUCAGUGCCACCCAGACUGCCACACUGAACGCUGAAAACCAAAAGCCAUCUUCCAGCAUGGUCUUCACAGAACCUGGAGGGAGUAACCUUGAGGAGGAAGUGCAGGAUGUGGCAAGGAGUGGCUCUGAUGAUGGGCAGGGUGCAGGCAGGCAGCUGGUCUCCCUGGAUAUUCCUGAUUAUCUCCGGCCGGAGACAGAGGAUGUCAGCCAAGCCGUAGAUGAAAAUAUUACUACGAAGAAGAAGGAGAAGAAAAGGAGGAGGAGGAAUAAAAUUGCCCUGAGAUCGAUACCUGCUGAGAUUGCUGCUGAUCCAGAGCUGGCCAAGUACUGGGCACAGCGCUACCGGCUCUUCUCUCGGUUUGACGAGGGGAUUAAACUGGACAGAGAGGGCUGGUUUUCUGUUACUCCUGAGAAAAUAGCUGAGCACAUUGCUGUCCGUGUUAGUCAGUCGUUCAACUGCCAUAUCGUGGUGGAUGCCUUCUGUGGGGUUGGAGGAAACGCCAUUCAGUUUGCAUUGACCUCAAAAAGAGUGAUCGCUAUUGACGUUGAUCCUGAGAAGCUCCGUCUUGCACGCCACAACGCCGAGGUGUAUGGUGUGGUGGAUCAGAUAGAGUUUGUGUGUGGAGACUUCAUGGUGCUGGCUGCCGACCUACAAGCAGAUGUUGUGUUCCUCAGCCCACCCUGGGGCGGGCCUGACUAUGCCACUGCCGAAAUCUUCGAUAUCCAAACCAUGAUUUGCCCCGACGGAUUUGAAAUUUUCAGGCUCUCCAAGAAGAUCACCAACAAUAUUGUGUAUUUUCUUCCUCGGAAUGCUGACAUUGACCAGGUGGCUUCCUUAGCAGGGCCAGGAGGGAAAGUUGAAAUAGAACAAAAUUUUCUCAAUAACAAACUGAAGACAAUAACAGCUUAUUUUGGUGAUUUAAUAAGGCAUGAUAUCUCCUGAACUUAGUGUGGAUUCUUCCAAACCCACCCUUCCUAACAGCUAUUUUGCUUAAGUUUUUGUACAGUUGGUUGGUCAGAAAUGACUUAAAGCCAAUUUCUGCUUUAAUUCCUGUUUACAAAAAAUGUUUGUUCUCUUUAUUGCUACUGUCAAUAAAUGUUUUAUAA